AAUAGUUAGUUUCAGUUCUGUCUCGCUUCUGCUGAAGAACGAAAAUGGGAGAUAACAAGGAAGUUAAGCGAUGGAACUUUGGAGCUAACGAGGUAGUCGAACGAUCAAGCUCAUUUACCAUUCGUGAUUAUCUUAACAACUUAAUCAGUAAUCUCGAUGGUCGCGACAAGAGGCCUGUCAUCCCCCUCGGACACGGCGAUCCUUCUCCGUUCCCGAGCUUUCGUACCGACCAAGCAGCUGUUGAAGCCAUCUGCGAUGCUGUCCGCUCCACCAAGUUUAACAACUAUUCUUCUUCUUCCGGUAUUCCUGUCGCUAGGAAGGCUGUUGCAGAGUACCUCUCCCGUGAUCUCUCUUACCAGAUAUCUCCAAAAGAUGUCCAUAUCACAGCUGGUUGUUUGCAAGCCGUUGAGAUUUUGAUAUCCGCGCUCGCAACUCCAGGUGCCAACAUCCUGCUGCCUAGGCCUUCUUACCCGAUGUAUGAUUCCCGAGCGGCGUUCUGCCAACUUGAGGUUCGUUAUUUUGAUCUCCUACCAGAAAAUGGUUGGGAUGUUGAUCUUGAUGGAGUUGAAGCUCUUGCGGAUGACAAAACCGUUGCUAUUGUUGUUAUCAACCCUUGCAAUCCAUGUGGAAACGUUUUUUCUUGCCAACAUCUUCAAAAGAUUGCGGAGAAGGCUUCCAAGCUUGGAAUACUUGUGAUCGCAGACGAAGUCUAUGACCAUCUUGCCUUUGGUGACACACCAUUUGUGUCCAUGGCAGAGUUUGCAGAGAUAGUGCCUGUAGUUGUGUUAGGAGCCAUAUCUAAAAGAUGGUUCGUACCUGGCUGGAGACUUGGCUGGAUGGUGACUCUUGACCCUCAUAGCAUCAUGAAAGAUUCUGGGUUUGUUCAGAGUCUUACCAAUGUCCUCAACAUGUCGACGGAUCCUGCAACGUUCAUUCAGUCAAACUUCUUUGCCUUAGUUGCCAUGUCAAGCUUGCGAGAUAAGACAUUCAUACAAAUGACAAACAGAUAG